AUGGAACCCGAGGCUCCAAUUGAGAAGGAAGAGCUUUAUUCAAGUUGGGCCUUAUUAAUUCAAACGGUUUUAUUAAUUGGCGCAUUAUGGACAAGUUAUUACUUACAUUUAAAACAGAUCAAAGUUAUACAUGAAACUAUCGUAUCCAUAUUUGCAGGAAUGAUUGUAGGAUUAAUUAUCAGACUUUCACCAGCUUCAACGAUUCAAAAAAUGGUUACAUUUAACUAUACAUAUUUUUUCAAUAUUCUUUUACCACCAAUUAUUUUGAAUUCAGGGUAUGAAAUGCAAAGGGAAAUAUUUUUUAGAAAUUUUGGAACAAGCUUACUAUUCGCGUUUGUGGGAACUUUUAUAUCAGCAUUGGUUAUUGGAAUUCUCGUUGGAAUAUUGGCAUUUUUCAGAAUUGAUUCACUUUCAUUAUCUUUUCUUGAUUCGUUGAUCUUUGGUUCUAUUUUGUCAGCAACGGACGCGGUGACAGUGCUUGCAAUAUUUCAAUCAUUAAAAGUUGAUCCAAAAUUAUAUUCAAUCAUCUUUGGCGAAAGCCUGCUGAAUGAUGCUGUUUCAAUUGUGCUUUGCGAAACAUUAAAUCAAUAUCGUGAUCAAGAGUUUCAUGUUUCCAAUAUUUUUCACGGGAUUUUCUCUUUCAUGCUCAAAUUUGGAGUUUCAUUAUCAAUUGGAGUUUUCAUUGGAGUCCUUAAUUCAAAUUUAUACAUGUUAAAGCAUUCGCAAUUGCGCAAGUAUUCUUCGAUAGAAUCAUGUAUAAUUGCCUUGAUGGCGUAUUCUUCUUAUUUAUUAUCAAAUGGUCUUGAUUCUUCAGGGAUCGUAUCGUUAUUGUUUUGUGGCAUAAUUCUAAAGCAUUACGCUUAUGAUAACAUGUCAUUGAAAACUAAACGAACAACGAAAUAUUUAUUUCAUGUAUUAGCUCAACUUUCGGAAAAUUUCAUUUUUAUUUAUUUAGGAUUAACUUUGUUCACAAAAUCUGAUCUUGAAUAUAAGCCAUUAUUUAUAUUUUUUACAGCGAUAUUUAUAUGCCUAGGACGAUUUUUUGCAAUAUUUCCCUUAUCAUUUUUAGUGAAUACUUCAGCGCGAUAUCGAAAAGAAAUUGAUUCAAUUCCACAAGGACAUUCUAUCAUGCUUUUCUGGGCAGGGUUACGUGGAGCUGUUGCGUUUGCAUUAACGGCAGAACUUGAGGGCAGAAAUGCAAAUGCAAUGCUAACAACCAUUCUUGUUAUUGUUGUACUUAGUGUCAUAGUAUUUGGAGGUUCAACUGUGAGUGAUUCUAUAAAUUCCGCCCAAUUAAAUAAUAUUACAUCCAAUGAAUCUGAACAAAAGCACUGGUUUAUUUCAUUUGAUGAUCGAUUUUUAAAACCGUUGUUUACACGUCAAAAGAAUCAAAAAUAUGUUCCUCCACAUGAUCAAAAUAAUGUUGAAAGUUUUGGAGUUGUAUCAAUUAACAAAAAAGAUAACGAAAUCAUUGAAGACAAAAAUAAUCAUCACAUUAGACAUAGUAGUGAUACAUUUGCAAGUGUUACGAUUAAUAAUUUUUCAACUACAAAUAAUCAAAACGACGAAACUGAACUUGAAGAUGAAGAACUUCAAGUGAAGACAACAUUAGUUACUUUAUUAAGAAGGUUAAGUACAAGAUACUUAAUAGAAAUCAUGAAAGUGGUUGCUUUAAUCAGUGGAGGAAAAGAUAGCUGUUAUAAUAUGAUGCAUUGUGUUGCAAAUGGGCAUCAGAUUGUGGCAUUGGCAAAUUUAAAACCACAAUCAAAUUUCAUAAAAGAUGAACUUGACAGUUUUCUUUAUCAAACUGUUGGUCACGGCGCGAUUGAAUAUAUUGCUGAAUCCAUGGAUCUUCCUCUUUAUCGACGUGAGAUUAUGGGUAGCUCUUUAGUUCAAAGUGCAGAUUAUCAGCAAACUUUGGGUGAUGAGACUGAAGAUUUAUAUCAACUAUUAAAACAAGUGAAGAAAGAACAUUCUGAUAUUCAAGCAGUUUCUGUUGGCGCGAUUUUAUCAAAUUACCAACGUGUUCGUGUUGAAAACGUAUGUGAUCGUCUUGGAUUGACAUCACUUGCUUAUCUUUGGCGAAAGAAUCAGAAAGAAUUAUUGAAAGAAAUGAUUAAUGCUGGAAUAAAUGCAAUUUUAAUUAAAGUAGCUGCAAUAGGACUUAAACCUACUCAUCUUGGCAAGUCUAUCGCAGAAUUAUAUCCAUAUUUAUGCGUUUUGAAUGAAAAGUAUGAUGUACACAUAUGCGGUGAAGGUGGUGAAUAUGAAACAUUUACUUUGGAUUGUCCUUUAUUUGUUAAGCGACUUGCAGUUCAGGAAGUGGAGACAGUUAUACAUUCUGAUGAUGCAUUUGCUAUAGUUGCCUAUCUUCGUCUCAAAAGUUUAAUUGUUGAAGAAAAACAAGCUAGUGAGAUUAUAUCAAAUCCUGUUGUUGUGAUUCCAUCAUGGAAAACAGAUAUUGAAGGUUUUACGAUAUCAGACAAGCAAUUGAAAUUGGAUAAUAACAGAACAAAUUAUGCCAUGAUAUCGAUUAAAAUUGAUAGCCUUAGCGAAGAUUUUUUAUCGGAAGAAAAUCUCUAUUUAUUUUCUUCAUACUCAAAUCCACCUUACUACAUCGUAUCUGGUACAACUGCAUAUGAUAAUUUACAAGUACGGCAAUUCGAAUCAAUUGAGAAAGAAACUUAUGCGUGCAUGUUAAAUCUUCAAGAAAGAUUACAUGGAUUAGGUCUAUGUUGGUCUGAUGUAGUAAAUAUGAAUGUAUUUAUUAAAGAUAUGGAUGAAUUUGGAAAAAUGAAUGCGAUUUAUAAGAAAUUCUUCAAUAUUAAUCCACCUACAAGGGCUUGUGUAGGUAGCAAUUUGCCUUCACCUGCGAAAAUUCAAAUAGAUUUGAUGGCGAUAAAACCUAUAUCUAAUGACGAAUCUUUUAAUCCAAGAGAAACCAUGCAUGUUCAAAGUAUUUCUUAUUGGGCUCCAGCAAAUAUUGGACCAUAUUCUCAAGCCACGAUCAUAAAAAGUCAUGCAUUUAUUGCAGGACAAAUAGGACUUGUACCAUCAUCACUUGAAUUUCCUUUACCUCCAACACUCGAAACGCAAACCUUUUUAUCGUUAAGAAAUUUAGAAAAUGUUACUUCAGUUUUAAAAUUAAACGUGAAAAAAAGAACCGCUUUAUCGAUUUGUUUUGUUGAUGAUGAAAGUUCAUUUCCUUUUGUACAAAAUGCUUGGAAAGUUUUCUGCGGACAAAGUGACGAGAAUUCCAAAAAAUACACGGAACCUGUUCUUUAUCUUUCUGUUCCAUCACUUCCCCGUAGAGGUAAAGUUGAAUGGCAAGUGCUGAUACAUCGUGAUGAUGAUGGUAUUGAGAAUCCUUUAUUGGAACCAAAGAUUUGGCAAGAUACUUCGGAUACUUUUGAACCAAUAGUUACAAAGACAACUGCAUGGUUUAUGAAUCCAAUAUUAUGUAGUGUAAUUAUUAUUCAAGUCAAUAAUGAAAAUAUAACUUUAUUGAAAUUACUUGAUGGAAUGAUAUAUGGAUUUGAUAAGUUAUUUAAUCAAUUUUUUACAUUAUCACAAAUUAAAUGUUCAAAAUUUUGGAAUAAUAUUGGGUCUAUUAAAAUAUUUUAUUCUAAAAAGAUUAAUAUAGAUCUAAUUAAAUUUGAAAAAGCUUUUAAAUUAAAAAUAAAAAAUAAUUUUCCUAAAAUAAAAGCUGCUAUUACAUUUAUUCCCGUAUCUGCUAUAAUGGAUGAUUCAAUAUUGGGAAUUUGUAUUCAUGGAAUAUUUUAA